UCUGCGCUGAAAAUUUUUAUGUUGAAAAAUCUUCUUAGACAGCUACCACUUAUCUACAACAAUAUAUACAAGUCAAUACUGUAUUCAAACUUCAGUAAGGAAAAAAAGAAAAUUCUGAAUUUGCUUCAGAAGGGAGAUAGAAAAUGGGAUCUCUGCAAUUUUUGCUGAUUUGUGCUGUAGUUCAAUCAAUUCUUUUCCUUUCUUUGGCUAUACCGUCACCCGAUUCUGCAUACCCGUCUCCGUAUGGUGAUGGAUCGGGUACUUGUGUCGGAGUUAGUGACCCGAAGUUGCAGCAUAUCACAAGAGAAGUUUAUGAUAAUGGAUGUAUAUUCGAUAUUACUCAUAAAUUCACCCCUCAUACGCCGGUGGGUAUUUCUAACGAGGGUAUCGGCAAAUUUCUUACACUGUUGUUCAGUAUGAAGAACGGGUCUCUCUAUAAUUAUUCCGAGUUGAGAUUACCUGCACACGCCGGUACUCACGUGGAUGCGCCCGGACAUAUGUAUGAAAACUAUUUCGAGGAAGGGUACGAUGUUGAUACUCUUGACCUCAAAGUCCUCAAUGGUCCUGCAUUACUUGUUGAUGUUCCAAGAGAUCAAAAUAUAACCGCCAAAGUUAUGAAGUCCUUAAACAUUCCUAAGGGAGUAAAAAGAGUACUUUUCAGAACACUAAAUACAGACAGGGGUCUCAUGUACAACAAGGCAUUUGAUACAAGCUAUGUGGGAUUCAUGAAAGAUGGGGCACAAUGGCUUGUAGAUAACACUGACGUCAAGCUCGUUGGAACUGAUUACUUGUCUGUCGCUGCUUUUGAUGAUCUAAUCCCUGCUCAUCUUGUUUUCCUCAAAAGCAGGGAAAUCAUCCUAGUCGAAGGGCUGAAACUUGAUGACGUUAAAGCAGGAAUAUAUUCAGUGCAUUGCCUACCGUUAAGAUUGGUCGGUGCUGAGGGAUCACCCAUUAGGUGCAUCCUCAUUAAGUGAAGCACAUAAUUCUCGAAAACCGAAGGAAGUUGCAAGGUUUUGAGGUGGAGGAAAGAGCAAUGGGUUUUUGUGCAGAUAAGCUUAUAGCUAAAUCACAGAUAUUUAUCAGACUCUCUCACUCUCGUUUUAUAUUUUUAAUGCAAUAAUUUGUGUGGUGGACCAAAUAUAAUAAUAAGCUUAUUUUCAGUAUAUAUAAAUAAUAAUGCUCAUUCAGGAUGGCAAAAA